AUGCGGCCAUGGAGCCAUACGGAAGGUAGAGGCAUCCUGGUCGGAACAGCUGGUCCGCGGGAGGUCCGCUUUAGGACACGUCGGUUGCCAUUCAACGGCGCAGGAGAUAUGGAGGCUGGAUUUCUGGCUUUUGCAGAUCACACUAAUAAACGUUUUACUCACAGGUCUAAGUUAUGCAUUCCACACUUGGUGAAGAGUCCGAAUCCCCACAUCUUGAACAUCUCUCCUCCACUUAAUAUGCGUCCUAGAUGGUUUAAGGACCAUGUUGCAUACACCAUGGCCAAGUAUGGCAUGUCCAUGUGUGUUUUAGGCAUGACUGAAGAAUUCAGAGCUGAGGGCAUUGCUUGCAAUGCACUGUGGCCUCGAACAGCUAUCAUCACAGCUGCCAUGGAGAUGCUAGGGGGCAAUGAAGUAGACAGACAGUGCCGGAAGCCAGAAAUUAUGGCUGAUGCUGCGUAUGUGAUGCUUUGUAAAGAUUCAAGGUCUUACACAGGAAACUUUGCCAUUGAUGAUGAAGUCCUCAAAAAUGAAGGCAUCACCAAUUUCGAUGAAUAUGCCAUUGAUCCAAGUGCCUCACUCAUCCCUGAUUUCUUCUUGGAUGAUUUUGAUGACUUUGCUGCUAAACAGUCCCUCCAGCUAGACUCAUCUGGCAAAAUUACACAGGCCAAAGUAGAUGCUGAUGAAGGACAAGUAGCACAGGUUUUUGCCAAUAUUGAAAAGACGGAUGCGCAGGGUUCCCUUGCAGUGGAGAAUGAUGAUGCCGCUAAUCUCCAUUCUCCUCUGUCCACCGUCUCCACCCUCACAGGCCCCUCCCGCUCCCCCUGCCCCACCACCCCCACCUGCACCCCUUCGUCUCAGGUGGUAGAUUUGCCUCUUGAUGAUAUAGCUGUUGAUGAACUGUUUGCUCCUCCGCGGCCAUCACAUGAUGUUCGAGUGUCCUCCCUGUGUGUCCUGGCAGACCCUAAUGAAGUGUCUCAGAGAUACAAGGGUGCUGCAGUCAAUUUGUCAUCAUCUGUGAGAUCUUGCCUUGUGGUUGGUGUGGGCCUUAGACGUUAUGAGUUAUUUGGUACCUCCAGUAGCGACAGGCAGGAGACCUGUGAUGUGGGCCUAGUGCAAGUGCUGAAUAAUGUGAAUCAGGCGAGCCAAAGGAAGGCAGAGACUUUAGACAUUAUGAAGUUAGACUCCUCUAGAAUAGGGUCUGUAACGGAAGAGGAAAAUGACAAUGACUGUAUUGUGUGGAAUCUGAGUCUGCCUCCUUGA